AUGGCGGCCCAGACCAUCAUUCCCCUGUUCACCAACAAGUCCAACAUGGGUGGGCCAUCUCCGUGCAGUCGCUUGCUCUACACCAUCCUCCCAGCGCCCUAUACCCAGGGAACCUUGAACGAUCUUCUGCGCUCCUGGGUGGAAGACCUGAACAAGCUGGCCGAAGACUGGUGGGACUUGAAAGGUUCUGUGAAGCGACUUCGGCCUUCGGAUGUGAACCCACGUCCAUACAAGGCUCAAAACCCGUCUCCGCUGCGAGACUUGUUAUUUUUGAAUGGAAACCCGAAAUACAUCCGCGUUGAUCCAGCCCAUACCUUUGCCAUUGACGGAAUUGGGAAGGAUUACUAUGCUAGCUCAGUGAUCCUCCUCAUGAUGAGUGGUUGGUUUGGGAAUGGGAAUACUGAUCUCAAGUUCAACAAUGCUUACUCGCGUUUCAUGGCUUUCUGCGAUGCCACUGGAAAAAGCACCAGCAUCCAUGAGUUCAGCUACAAGACCUUCAAGCUAAAGGUUGGAUCGCUUCGUGGAUUCCCGAGGGGCCUUGGCAAAGGGCAUGACGCUGCAGUUGUGGGGGCCUGGUUAAACGAAGAGCUCCGGCAAAUCGAUGUGGCCUCAGCAGACACUCAGUUUCGUGACAUGCUGGCGGUGCUCAAAUGGAGCUGCACCGCAAUCAACAGGUUUUGGAGAACCAUCUAUGGCAGCUGGAUUUGGCUACCCCAAGAUGUUGCAACACAGGUAGUGUCAGAUGGCUGGGCUUUCCUUGAUGGAUACUCUACAUUGGCAUCACUCACAGCCAAAGCUUGGAUUCUUGGAUACCAGAUCCGCCCUAAGUUGCACAUGAUGGCACACUUGUUGCUGGACAUGCAAACCGUCUUAGCAUGUGGCGCUCAACACGUAUUAAAUUGCUCAGUCCACAGCACGUGGACUGACGAGGAUUUUAUUGGGAGGAUCUCCCGGAUAAGCCGGAGAUCUCAUGUGCUCACUGCAGCUAGAAAUACGUUGCAAAGAGCUUUGGGGCACUAUCGCCGUCAGUUUGGGUCAUUCUUCGAUCCAGUGUACUUGCGCGAUUCUUAG